AUGGAUCAGGGAGUGAUGAGUAAGAAAGGAGUGAAGAGUUUGAGAAGAUCCACAAGAAAUAAGACGCAGAUGAUAAUUAUGGAUACACCACAUGAUGAAUCUAUAAACAAAGUAUUAGAUGUGCCUAUAAUGCAAGUAAGUGAAGAAAAUAAAGCGGAAGCGAGUGUAGGCAUUACAAAUGGCCAAGAUGUGCCUAACAAAGAAAAAAGAAUGUUUUCAUUUAAUUCAUUGGUUCAAGUGUUUAGUGGUAUGGAAAGAUGCAUUGAUAGUGAAAGAGCUGGAAGUGCAAAGAAACAUGAAGAAGUGAAGAAGAUGCUAGGCAUGUUGAGUGAUGGCUGUGUCAAGCAUCUAUUGCGUGUGUUUGAGAACAGUAAGUGCGAUGACAAAGUGAAUGAUCGCAAGUUCUUGUGA